AUGAUUCGAAACCAUCAUCAAUCCUUUCACUCACAAGUUUAUCAAUUGCUAUCCUGUUGCCAUUUAAUGUUUGGUCAUUUAUUGAUACUCUUUGUCUUGUCGAUAGUUUCUGCUAAAUCCAUUACACCAUUCCUUCUCUACGUGUCAAUGAUCAUCACAAGUGACAUUCUCAUUUCACAAUUAAUUCCUCUCCUUGACAAUUCAUCAUACCGAAAGAUUAUUCUAAUGACAUGUUUAAUUAUUUAUAAUAUUGGUGGAGUACUUUCUAAUUAUUAUUGUUAUUCGGAAAUGGUUCGAGUUGUUAAACAUGAUUUGGCAUAUUCAGAAUCUGCAAUUAAUGAUACUGAUUGGGAUGUUCACGAUUCUGUCAAGACUUUACGAUAUUAUUCAUUUGUUUGUUUGAUUGGUUUUAUUCAGGGAUUUGGAAAGGUUAUUAAUCAAACCAUUUUACAACAAGCAUAUGGAAAGAAAAUUAGUUUUAUUGAAAUGAUUGCUUUUUGGAUGAGUGGUUUGCUAGUUUUAAAUGUUAGCAAAUUUCAAUAUGUUUCAGAUUUUAUGGCAAUGUUUCAGUUGGGAGUUUUUUGGGUUGUUUUGGGAAUUAUUGAUUCAAUAGUUGGAGUUUUACUCAUUUGUAAAAUUGAAUUCAAUAAUGAAAGUGUGAAAACAUAUGAGCAAACUGAGGAGGAGGAUGAACCACUGAAUCUUGAGGAGGAAGACGAAGGAUUGGAAUUGACUGUAUUUUACAAACUCUUCAUGUUUGGAUCGAGUUCUAAAUAUCCAAGUUUUAUCUACUCAAUUUCUCACACUCUAAGUAAUUGGGCUAAUUUGUGUUUCAGUGCAAGAAUUCAUGAAAAUUCCAAUCUGAUACUGUAUUACUUACUAAUUAUGAAUUUUAAUCCAUUAUUAAUUGCAUUCUAUAUCAUUCUGAAAGGACUCUUCUUGAUGAAUAUUAAUAAGAGUGAUAAUAUGUGGUUUGUGAAAUUUAUUUCCUCUUCUAGAGUUGAAAUUAAGCCUACCAUUGGUUCAAUAUCUUUCCAUUUCAUCACUUUACUAAUUUAUCUUGCAAUUUUAUUCAUGAAUUCACUGCCUUUCAAUUAUAUAGGAUAUCAACAGGUAGUUAGGAGCGUGAGAGAUCAAUUUGUGUUCGGAAUUACAAUUUUCAUUCCAACAAUCCUAUCUCUAUUGGAAAGUAUUUUAAUUUCAGAUCCAAGCAAGCUAUCAAUAACCCAUGGAAUUUCAGUGGAGAACUAUUUUGAAAGUAAGGAAAUACCAAUCGCCACUACCAUUAACAAAUAUCUGGGAAUUGCAGUUCAAAUAUUAAUAAUUUCCAUAAUUUCUACAUAUUUCAAAAGAAGUGGACUUGUUGCCUUCAAGUUCUUUAGUGAUCUCUCGGUGGUGAUGCAAAUUUUGGGAACCUGUUGUCUUUUACUUAGCUUUUUGCUUUACAGAAAACCAAAGGUUAAAUCUGAUUAA